AAGAACGGAAGGGGCGGGAUAAGCCAAAAGCCAAACAGUAAAGAGGAGAAGCGGCGGCGCGUCUCUCGGUAACAGUUUUGGCCCCGCCCCCUUUCCCGGAACUGCAGCUUAUCACCUCAAGAUUGAUGCAUGUUUUCAUCAUUGCCUUAAGUUUGCUGAGAGUUUGGAUAAACAUGGCGCAACUCCAACAAGGAGGUCCUGAUGAAAAAGAGAAGACUACAGCAUUAAAGGACUUGUUGUCUAGAAUAGACUUGGAUGAACUGAUGAAAAAAGAUGAACCACCUCUUGAGUUUCCUGAUACUCUUGAAGGAUUUGAAUACACCUUUAAUGAAAAAGGGCAGUUAAGGCAUAUAAAAACUGGAGAGCCAUUUGUUUUUAACUACCGAGAGGAUUUACAUAGAUGGAACCAAAAACGCUAUGAAGCUCUUGGAGAGAUCAUCACUAAAUAUGUAUAUGAAUUAUUGGAAGAAGAAUGCCAUUUGAAAAAAGUAUAUGUUCCAGUAGAUGCAGAAGAGACCGAACCUAGGAGUUUCAUCUUUAUGAGUGAGGAUGCACUGAUAAAUCCUGAUAAACUGAUGAUUUUAAUUCAAGGCAGUGGUGUUGUCAGAGCAGGACAGUGGGCAAGAAGGCUUAUUAUAAAUGAAGAUCUGGAUAGCGGCACUCAGAUUCCUUAUAUUAAAAGAGCUAUAGAGGAAGGCUAUGGAGUAAUAGUACUGAAUCCGAAUGAGAACUAUAUUGAGGUUGAAAAGAUAAAAGCUCAACAACAGCCGUCUCCAGAUAGCUCAGAUGAACCUGCAGAAAAAAAAGAGAGAAAAGAUAAAAUUCCAAAAGAUACAAAGAAGCGACGAGACUUCUAUGAGAAGUACCGAAAUCCACAAAAAGAAAAAGAAACGACGCAAGUCUAUAUUAGAGAAAAUGGCUCUCCUGAAGAACAUGCAAUUUAUGUAUGGGACCACUUUAUCUCUCAGUCGUUAGCUGAAAAUGUAUUUGUUGUUGCUCAUAGUUAUGGUGGACUGGCAUUUGUGGAAUUGAUGAUUCAGCGAGAAAUAGAAGUAAAAAAUAAAGUUACUGCAGUGGCAUUGACAGAUUCAGUUCAUAAUGUGUGGCAUCAAGAAGCUGAUAAAAUUGUUCGAGAGUGGCUGCGAGAGAAUUGCUGUAAUUGGGUAUCAAGUUCAGAACCUCUGGAUACAUCAGUAGAGUCCAUGCUACCUGAUUGCCCACGUGUUUCUGCAGUGUUGUGGCUCCGUUGCCUGAGCCUGGGCUAUCGACAGAUGCAGACUCUGAGAGUGAGGGGGAGGAGUUGGCAAGGCCUCCCUCUCCAGGACCCUCCUCUGGCAAUGCCUCCGGAGGACACAGAAGGCCAAACGAUAGGCUUAGAGCCAAGCACGUCCCCGCAGCCACAGGUGGACAGCGACGAGGAAAAUAAGUGCUGGCUGGACCCUCGCCAGAGGUGCAGGGAGAAGCGUGUGCAGCAAAGGGGAAGGCGUGCCAGAGAUUACCUGAGUCACUGGACCACACCCCACAGGCUAUAAAAGGGAGUGUGGUGGCCAUUCAGACUCUGUGACAGACAAAGCUAAUCUCUGGCGAGGCACUUUGCACCUUCGGACACAACACCUAUUUGCUGUGGAUUUAAUUACAAACUGGACUAUUCAAACUGUGUGUAUUUUUGUCUGUAUUAUCGGAGUAAAAGUUUUUGGCAGGCAGCCACGGAGUUGCUGCCAAGUUCCUUAUCACUGAG